CUUACAUUGAAUGACAAGUAAAUUUCUUGUGUUCAAUUUUGCAAGUAAACUCGUAAAUUUCUAGAAACUGACAAUGGCGCGCCGCUAUGAUUCCCGCACCACGAUUUUCUCGCCGGAGGGCCGCCUCUACCAGGUCGAAUACGCAAUGGAGGCCAUCUCCCAUGCCGGCACUUGUCUCGGCAUACUGGCCGAAGAUGGCAUUUUGCUAGCCGCUGAAUGCCGUAGCACCAACAAAUUGCUGGACAGUGCCAUACCAUCGGAGAAGAUCUAUCGUCUGAACGAGAACAUGGUUUGCUCUGUGGCCGGUAUCACAUCCGAUGCCAAUGUGCUGACCGCCGAGCUGCGUUUGAUAGCCCAACGCUACCAAUUCAGCUAUGGAGAGGUGAUUCCAUGCGAGCAGCUGGUGUCCCACUUGUGCGACAUCAAGCAAGCUUACACUCAGUACGGCGGCAAACGUCCCUUUGGCGUUUCUCUUCUCUACAUGGGCUGGGACAAUAAGUACGGCUAUCAGCUGUACCAGUCUGAUCCCAGCGGCAACUACGGUGGCUGGAAGGCUACUUGCAUUGGCAAUAACUUCGGCGCUGCCAUAUCCAUGCUGAAACAGGAACUGGCCGACAAACCAUCCAUUAAGCUAGAGGAGGCGAAAGAUCUGGCCGUAAAGGUGCUAAGCAUGACUCUGGACACCACUAAGCUGACUCCAGAGAAGGUGGAGAUGGCCACCCUGCAGCGUGUCAAUAAUACCACCGUCUACAGUGUGCUGGAUAAGCCCGAUGUGGAGAAGCUGAUCGAAAAGUACAAUAAACUGCAGGCCGAAACCGAAGCCGCCAAGAAGGAGAAGCAGGCCAAACAACCCAAGUCUUAGGUAGACUGGUAGACAGCUACAUACAUACUAUACCCAAAUUACUUUAGGGCGAUCCUUAUUUUGUAUUUGAAGAACGUGAAAUAAAAUUUCAAAACUGAAUGCGGUCAUGGUGAUCAUAAAUAUA